UUCACUGCUGAUUGAAAAUCAUGAAGCUAAUUCUUCAGCUUCUUGUUGCAAUUUCAAUCAGCUCGUCAGUGGGUGCAACAGGUGGUCUGAAUUUCACGAAAGCACCACCGAUCAAGCUGGAUGGAGCCGUCAAGUUUAACGAGAAAAACGAGACGGUGACGCACAAUGGAGUUUCCUACGCGAGAGGCGAAUUCUUCAAGGACGGAGUCGACUACUACGCAAUUCCUUGUAACACCAACGCCUGCAUUCGACAGUGCUCCAAAGCCUUCGCUGCGAGGCAAAAUGUAACGUUGUUGACGGACGAUAGAAGUGCGUUGAUUAAUGUCAGCCAUGAGGAAAAACUGUACUCCGUGCGUCUGCACGACCAUUUUCACGUCCUGAACGAGACUGAAUGUGAAAACGAGCACGAAUUUGAGACCGAAGGCAUGAUACAUCUGGCCAACGGCUCGCUUUCGGUAAUGGAUCUGGAUGAAAAUGACAACAUAAUGUCCAUUAUUUUCCACAAACACGAAUAUUGCGUUCUUGCUGAUGAAGAGGGCAAUAUUAAAACCUGGAUUUGCGAUGUCGAAACAGAAGUAGAGAUCGAAAUGACCGAAACCUCUAAUAGCACCAAGUACAUGGUUUAUCCGGUUUUCAUGAUUAUUUCGAUCGUUUGCUUGCUGCUGACGCUGCUCGCGUUCGUCUUCACACCCGAUAUGCGGAAUCUGCACGGAAAGAGCAUCGCGUGCCAGUCGUUCACCCUGAUGAUGGCCUACAUCGGUCUCACCGUCGUGCAGACGUGUGGGAGUAUAAUGCACGGAACUACCACUUGCAAAAUUUUUGCGUAUAUGUCUUAUGGAUUUAUUUUGAGCUUCUUUUUCUGGUUGAACACUAUGUGUUUUGACAUUUUUUGGACGUUCAGUGAUUUCAAAAAGCUGCUUCAGACGUCGAAAAAGAAGUUUCGGAUGUACGCCGUUUAUUCCACGCUCAGUCCGCUGCUCAUUGUUUUGACCACUUUCACUCUCGACUCUGCUCUGGACACAAAUUCGUCUUAUUGGCCGGGAAUAGGGCAACACAGUUGCUGGUUUAAAGACCGUAAAUCGGAAUUCGUGUACUUGCACGUUCACCUGCUCCUCUUGCUGAUUGCUAACACGAUUUUCUUCAUUCUGGCCUUCGUGAAAAUCACCCGGAUGAAUCGAGAGAGGCGAUGCCUGAAGAGAGGCGACAGCAAGAUCCACGGUGGAGCUGGAAGCUCUGCUUACUCGGACCGUCAACGGUUUGCUUUGAACGCCAAACUUUUCAUCCUGAUGGGCGGAACCUGGGUGAUGGAGCUCAUUUCCUGGGCGAUGGGUGGAAAACCAAUGUGGUUUUGGAUGCCGUUUGACAUCAUCAAUAGCUCCAGAGGCGCCAUCAUCUUCAUCCUGUGCGUUGUGCUGAAUCGGAAAGUGCGCACUCCCCUCCUCGCGCGCUUUUUGCCGAGUUUCCAGCCCGACCGGUGUGCAAAUGGCUCUCGAUACUGCACCUCUAAGGUUUCCGAGGUGUCCCACUCGCACGAUGCUGGUGUCACGACUCAACAAAACGAGAAAAUCGAAUCAGUUUUGUAAAACUGGGUCUUUCACUAUAGUAAAGGAAAUAUUGAAGUUUUCACACCAAAUUAUCUGAACUUGUAAAUUAGUCGAAUAUUUUAUAUUUAAAUACUAUUAUAGAUAUUCAAUUGUAGAAAGAGAAAAACCUUUUUCCAUUCUGCGGAAUUUAAUGUUAAACAUUUGAAUAAAUACAAAUAAAAUAGCCAUGCUAGAAUUGCCAUAUUGCUAUUCAAUUGUGGCUUUUGUUAUUUGUUUUUUUUUUUAAAUUAAUUUUAACACAACACAGCGGUUGCAAUUUCCGGAAACAAAUGUUUACGGUACAAAAAUCCAAUAUAAUAUAGACACGCGCACGUUGCGCCAGUUGCAUAGAUGCCAACAUUGCAGGCGCUCACGUCCCCGCUCAAAUAUAUUAAAUAUAUUAUUUGCUUUGCUUAAAAAUGCUGCUCAA